UCAAGAGUCUGUAGUUUGCGAUGCUGUUGAUCUGUAUCUGUGUUGCCUGCCUACCUACCUACUAAAAAUGCAAAAAAAAAGACCUGUCAGUUUACAAAUAAUUCAUUGUAGGUCAACACUCGGUGGCCUAAUGCCUUCCUUUCUCCUGCAAUCUGCUGCAGUGCCCCGAGCAUAGCAUUCAGACUUUAAAUAGCAUCUCAGUGAAGUAUAGGACUUCCUUGCACCGCUGUGUUUUUACGUGGGAGUUUGUAUAUCUUAGGGAAGUCCUUUGAGAAUCAACACCUCUGCACAUGGAGUACCAGCAGAAAUCAGACAGAGAAUGACUGCCGGCCACCUCACGGGUCACGUGAGUCUGGCACUGGUGUUGCUCGAGUUUACUUGACCUCUGACUCAAAGUUAGUCCCUUGUGUUCAUAUGGCAGAUACAGCCGUGCAGUGAGACUGUUAUGCAAUCACCUUGACUCCCUGUACCUUUCACAAACCAAACGAGAAGAGCAGGAGAGAACUAAGUGAGGAGACAGACUGAGAAAGUUUUGUAUGUGACCCGUUUGAGCACAUGUGUGGAAGGAGCUGACGGCACAUGGGGAAGAUUGAUUAGAUGUGGGCACAUUCAGUGUGUCAGCGAAAGUGGAACUGAGUGACUGUCUGCUUUAAUCUGCAAAGCCAUAUGUUGUAGUGCUCGGCAGCUCAGUGGAAACCCAACAUUACAUGGAGUGCAAUUGAUCAUAGAAAUCAUAGCGUAGGGAUAUGUGCACAAACUCCAUGUACACCUGAGAGAUAGAAAGAGACUCUGUGUGUCUUAUUUGCUAUCUAGAUGUGGUGACAGCCAGGCCUGGAAUGGGUAGUGACACAUGAAAGGCCAUCCACAGCAGGAAAUGAGAUUGAAGGGGAAGGUUAAUAUCCUGUAUGGGGGAUCCAUCACAGUCAGGAGGGGGUGGGCAGUUAGAAGAGGGACACAGUGAAGCCCACCACCAUAACAAGAGAGGGAGAGCCUCAGUUAAAGGGGUUAGAGAGUCAUAUUAAUAUGAGCUUAAAUCACCAGAUUACAUCAUUCCCCAACAAUGGAUUCACUGGAGAGGUACGCGGGAGGGGAAAACACUGACAUUCCUCUGCUAUAUGUGGUGCCGUUGAUGAGGUAUUAUGAUUCCUGGCUGUGUUUGAGAAUAUAGUUCUCUGGAAAAGUGACGGGCCUCUGCCUCCCACUCACUCUCUCUGUCUCCCCCUAACUCUGACUCAGACACACAUACACACACACUCAACACAAGAGAUGAUCAUGAUCUUUAGAGAGCGCAAAGAAGGGUGAGCUUGUGAUGAAUACUUCAUCUAUUUUAAUGGCCUGAGAAAGCACAGGAAGAUGUCAGGCUCUGGUGAAGCGAAACAUGGACUUUCACUUCAAACAGCUCUGUUGCGAACAAGGAUGGGGGGGUGGGGCAGACGAGGCCAGCCCCAUACCUGGCAGGGGCCGGCGUGGGCAGCAGUGCAGCGCCUGUUUACUGUGAGUGACAGUAAUAGGGAUCCACUUAAGGACAAGCGUAGCUGUGUCAGCCAGCCCGGCCAGCUGGCAAGUGGCUGAUCUGCAGUCCUGUUUAAUGAUCCACAUCGGGGUCGGGGCAGGGGAACAUGAGGAGACACACAAGAGUCACCUGGCUUUGUCUCAAGCCCAAUGUGGGAGAGCUGGCUCAUUCAAUGAGUUAACAUAGAGUGUGGAAUGAUCAUGGCUGUUACAGAUUGAUCACAUCUCCUGGAGAAAAAAGAGCCUUUUGGUUUUAGGCAGGAGUUAAUAAGAGAAAGCUUACUGGCCUUUGCAUGUACAUUUGUUGGUCUUUUUUCAGUUGUUGCACAAAUUAAUAAAUUCCUAAUGACUUCCUACAUUAAAUCCAGGAAAGGUGACUCACAUUCUGCCUCACUGUUAAACACCAAAGUCAGAAAUGUUAAUCACGUUUUGGGGAUCAGUGGUAAAAUGUUGAAUCUGAUGAGGUAAAGGAAAACAUCAGUGUUAAGACACAAACAACCUUUGCCAAUUAUGAACACAGCAUGUGGACCCCCCUGGACCCCAUCUUGUUUAUUAUGGUAUCAUUUAUUUAAAUUCUAUGUAAUCAAGGCAUGCUCUGGAAGAGAACUAUUCCGGUUUGGGGUUAUUUUUAUUGAUGUACACGGUAAUUAGCUUGGCACUCGCUACUGCCUGUGGUUUCUACUGAAUGGAAUAAAGCUGGGCUCCUCAGAAUACUACUGCUUAGCUAGGAGAGGACAAAAGUUUAAACUAACAGAAUUCAGAGCGAAACAGACUCUAUACAGGCUUGAUCAAAGCAAACCCAGGACUCAAUCCAGAAUGUUUAGGCUAUAAUUAUAGUGACAUGUGCUAGACUGUGUACUCUCGAUUGGUUUCUUUGGAAAAGGCAUCUAACCCCUCAUUUAGGAGUGCAUAGGGUAGAGGUCUGAAUGCAUCCAGUCGCGGCUGUCUCUGACCCCGGUGGCAUUGCCAUGACAGUGAAAAAUCAUCCAAUCAUGUGUAGUUGUUCGACUGCUGAACCCUCCUGUAGCAGGCCCAUUGGCAAGGUGGCUAUCAAAUCGAUUCGGAAGGAGAAGAUCAAGGACGACCAGGACAUGGUUCACAUCCGCCGAGAGAUUGAGAUCAUGUCAUCCCUCCGCCACCCACACAUCAUCUCUAUAUAUGAAGUGUUUGAGAACAAGGACAAGAUCGUGAUUGUGAUGGAGUACGCCAGCAACGGCGAGCUGUAUGACUACAUCAGCGAGCGCCGGCGCCUGAGCGAGCGGGAGACGCGACACUUCUUCAGACAGAUAGUCUCCGCCGUGCACCACUGCCACAAGAAUGGAAUAGUGCACAGGGAUUUGAAACUGGAAAAUGUGCUACUGGAUGAAAACUGUAAUAUUAAGAUUGCUGAUUUUGGGCUGUCCAACCUCUACCAUAAGGACAAGCUGCUGCAAACCUUCUGUGGCAGCCCGCUCUAUGCUUCACCAGAGAUCGUCAAUGGGAGACCUUACCGUGGCCCAGAGGUGGACAGCUGGGCUCUGGGGGUGCUGCUGUAUACCCUGGUCUACGGGACCAUGCCAUUCGAUGGGGGAGACCACAAGAACCUCAUUCGCCAGAUUAGCAACGGCGACUACAAAGAGCCCACUCAGUCCUCAGAUGCCCGUGGACUGAUCCGCUGGAUGCUGAUGGUGAACCCUGAGCGGCGGGCCACGGUGGAGGACAUAGCCAACCACUGGUGGGUAAACUGGGGCUGGAAGAACAGUGUGUGUGACUGCGAGACCCAACGCGACCACGGAGGCUCGCCCAUGCUGGCCCGCUUCAUCGACUGGCAGAACCGCACUGAGCCACGUGGUUCUGGAGCCAAGGCUGCAGCCAUGCCCCAGCUGCUGCGUCAGAGGCCCAAAAAGUCCAAGAAGGAAAACGUAGAGGCAGGACAGGCCCACGGUGGAGCAGAAGACAAGCCAGGUCUGAAGAGACCCAAGGGGAUCCUUAAGACCAGGGUUACUGGGGAGCAGCGGUCAGCCAGCCUGGAAGAGGUGGAGUUGGGCCAGGCAGCGCUGCCUCAACAAGCUGAAGAGGGAGAGGAGGCCUCAAGCCCAGAUCAAGAGGACGAGGAGCGGAGUCUGGGAGGAGGCUCGCCAGCUAAGAUGGUGCCAUCUCUACCCAGGAAAGGCAUCUUGAAGAACAACCAACAGCGGGAAUCAGGGUACUACUCCUCCCCAGAGCGCAGCGAGUCCUCAGAGCUUUUAGGAGGUGCCAGUAUGUCUCUGCUAGCCACCUCCCCGCCUAAGAGAAUGAUGGGGAGAAAGGGCAUCUUGAAGCGAAAUGGCAAGUACUCCACCUACAGCGGGCCUCCGUCAGCGGCAGCGGUGGCUGGAGUCCUCGGCGAGUCUCCUCCCUCAACUGACUCUGGUCUGUCCCGCAGUCAGAGUCGGCCUUCCAGUAUAGUCGGGGAGGACAGCUCCGUCCUGUCCCUGUCACCCAACUCCCUCAGUGGGGCCGAGUGGCACCCCUCCACCCCCCACCUCCGCCCAAACAUCAGGACCUGCGUCUCGGCUGAAAACCUGCUGCAGCUCGCCAACUACAAGGGCUUCCAGACAGCCCCGCCACUCCAGGGACCCAAGUUCAGCCGUGGCUCCAAAACGAAAGGCUCCCCGGGGGACAAUGGCAGCUUCUCCUUGCUGGGGGACCUGGAGGACAUGACUCAGGUGUACCAGCAAGCCCUGGACAUCAGCAGCAACCUCAACUAACAUAUGGGUGGCAGAGAGAGAGGAAGCAGAGAGAAUUGAACAUGACUGUGUGUGCGUGUAUGUGUGUGUACAGAUGUAUACAGGUGGCAUUAACGACCAGUGUGUUACUGGGAUACACCUUUUGGGAAUUUGUGAUUUUCCAAAUGGAGCUGAAAUCUUGAUGGAAAUGAUAUGUCUUCACACAUACACACACACACAUACACACACACACACACACACACACACACACACACACACACACAGAGAUGUACACACUUAGGUGCACUUAUCUGGCCAGAGGAAAUUCAGUUAGGGUUUUUUGAACAAGAGAGAAGAGCUGGCACGAGAGAAUGCCACCCAGUCUGCUUUCUUGGCCCGCCCAUAGACUUUGCUGUGUUCAACAUGUUUACAUAUUCAGCAAGAAGGCACGUUAGAAUCACAAAUGCAGAAACCAGGUUGGCUCUCCUUGUACACCACCCAUUUUGAGUUUGAGUUUACAAAAGCACCUUAAAACUCACAGAGAGCACAUGCUUUUGUGAUCUUUCCUUCCUUUAGAAUCAAACCAGGGUCUUGUUCCAAAAAUAACUGACAUUGAUAAUUAUUUAUUAAUAUUUUCGUAGCUUUUAGUUUUAAGUGCAAAACUGGUGGGUGCUGGCUGUUACUGGAAGAGUCUAAAGCUCCUUGUGUCCAACUCUUUGUGUGGAACUGACAUAUAUAAUUAUGUUACUCAGUGAUGAGAAACAUAUAUAUUACUCAGCAUAUAUAACAGUGUCUGCGCUUGUAAAACACGCAGGCAAAUAUACCUUCAUAAAAGCGUAUGUCCUAUAUAUGUGUAUGAUACUAGGGAACAUGUAGGAAGUGCCUUUUUUGAUUCAUAAUAAAAAAUUAUGUAUGUCAUUUCCUUAAAGUGGAGGGAAAAGCCAGGCCAACCUGUCACCAGUUGUGCUUUUUAAAAAUGUUUCUUUGUGAAUGUUGGAGAGACCCAGGGCCUUUGGCGCACAGCUGACUAGCUUUACUUGUUUUGGGGUUCAAAGGUCAAUCUCAGACAGUUGAGAUCAAACGGGCUCGUCUUCUCCCCCCCCCCCCCCCCUCCCCGCUCCCCCCACAAGUAGAAUCACACAGAUAUGCCAGGAUCUACAGGCCACCUCAGAAAGACCUCCUCUGUGUUCUUUGUCAGCGUUUAAGCCCAUAGUUUGGGUUGUCAGCAGUUAAGGUGGUUUAGUUGAGCACAGAUUUGCUGGCAGCACCAGAGGUCUGGAGGGACUCACCUAGUGGGGCAUUUAGUGAAUGAGAUGGCGCAGACACCAUCUCACAGUCCUGGAAUGUGCCUGGCUCUCUUAACCUUUGGUGUUUCACAUUUCUGAGGCUACCUGAUAAAAAAAAGGCCGUUUAGUGAGAAAUUCUGUUCUUUUUUUGUUCACGUUGUUUGUUUUUGUUGUUUUUACCAAAGACACAUAAGGUGGUUUUCAUUGUCAGACUAGUUAAUAUUUUACCCCUAAGCUCUUCAAAAGAGCUAAGUAAGCUGGUUUGUUUAGCCUACUGAUGACACAGCAAAUUCCUCAGACAAAGGCUGGAGACGUGUUGGUGCUAGAGAUCUCUAUCAGCCCCGGCCCGACUCAGCACAGAUGGGAUCUGCGGUCCGUGCUCAGCCCUCCAGCUGUGUAUACUAGUCCAUUAUGUCAACCAAGCACAAUUAGCCAGCUAUUGUUUUCAUUUGAGAGUAAGAGAGAGGCAGCGUGUAGAGAUUUAUAGCUAGAGGGAAAAGAAAAGAGUGAAAGAGUGACGCUUGGAAAGGUGAGAUUGGAGAGGACUUCUCCUGUAAAACACAGGAAAGGUCAAAGAGUAAGAUACUUUAUUGAAGGGAUUGUAAUGUAGAAUAGUGAAAGUAAAGAAAGUGAGUAGAAAGAAGAAGUAGAAAGUUGUUUUUUAUACCAAAGAUGUGAUAAAGCUUUGGGAUGAUUCAGGGGAAUGGAUGCGUUAGGGGCUAAUGGGAGUCCUCUGGAUUGAUCUUUGAUUUGGGAAUCCCCAUUGGUGAAGGAAAUCAUCCCCACAUUGGCUUUACCUCACGUUUGUUUUCAUUUUCAACUUUUAUUUAAGAUGCUGGAGGCUGUUGGUACAGCUUGUCUUGAGGGUCAGUCAGUGUGUGUGUGACUUGUGUGUCCUGCAUGGCCUUAGAAAGUGUGUAACACUUUUCCAAGGCAGCAAUAAAAGUGGGAGAACGGCAACUGACAUCCAAAAUAUCAAGUGAUGCAGAUGGAAAAGCAUGCAGUAGAUGACCCUGAGGAAGAUCACAUGUUGAAUGUUUUCAGUAGUCCUCUUGGUUGAAGCAAAGGUCCUGGGUAUAUGGAUUCAAAUGAAAGACCCGUUGCGUAUUAUAUUGCAUUUUAUUGCCUUUUGUAUUGCAUUUUAUUGUCAACUGGAUUUACAGUGAGAAAAUUAUACUAUGUUAGUAUUUUUGUUUUAUUAUGCUUCUGUUUUUGAUUUUCCAAAAUAUAAGAAACUUUAUAUUGCUUUAUGUUAUGGCAGAAAAUACUUCCUUCCUCGAAGUAUUAGAAUUUCUUUCCAAAAAAACGGACAAAUCUGAUCUGAAACUUGUGUAGUCUCAGUUUUCUCCUAUUUUGCUACACCUGUGGGUUAAAGUAGCUUAUUAACAACCUCCAAAAGACAAACACCAACUAAAUUAAUUGAAAUAGGGCAAAAUGCAAGUAUAUGCACUGUAAUGCAUCAAUAGCGAACCCUAAGAAAAUUGCAUUUCCACCUCUACCAAAGCAGGGGAGGUCCAAAAUGCUGGAACAACAUCAGGAGAAAAAGGAAAUAAAGCAAUGGAAAGAAUCUGAUGAUGAAACUUAAACUCUGCCAAACUGGAAAAACGUGGUGCAUAUCUGUUAGUUAGCAGAAAGUCUAAUCAUAGGAAAACUUGACUGGAUAUUGUUAUGACAAUAAUGGUAAUUUAGUAUUGAUAUGUUAUUUAAGUAUUAUUUUCGUUACAGCUCAUUACUAUUGAUGGCUAUUGCCACGUUUUUUGUUUUUAUUUUAUUUUUUUGUCUGUUGGUGAUCCUGGACUGCCGAGGUGGAUUAAGUUGCGUGCCUUUGGUAUCUUUUACGAUCUUUUUUUUUUUUUUUUUUUUUGAUAAUGAAAAUGAUUAUCAAUCUGUUUUUAUACUUGUAUUUAUUGGUGAUCAAGCCAUUUAAUUUGUUGUCAAAAUACUCCCUGUUCAUGCUUUGGCCUGCUUUGGACUGUGUGUUGUGUUCAGGACGUACUGCACACGACAGAGUCGUCUGUUCGAAGUAGAGGGAUAUCAUCUCAUUGUGAAGGCAGUGGUCAAGCGUGUAUUUUUAAGAGUAACAAAUCAAUAACAGUUUCUCAAAUCCUAUACAAAUGUCUUAAUUCAUCCAUCUGGGUGUAUUUCUACUCAACACAAUGCCUCUGUAGUACUGUAUCAACUCAAAUAAAUGGAUCUUGAAAGUG